UAUAUCUAUUUACAAAUGUUUAAAAUACCAUGCCAAAAACAUGAUGGUUCGUAUGUCCAAUUCAUAAGCACUAAUAAAGACAGAACUUAAUUCAUUUGUGAUUAGUGCUAGCAGGACUUAUUUGAUAUGGACCCCAAAUUUAAUUUUUAGAACCUCAUAAAUAUAAGUAGAGUAAUUUAGAUUGUCAUUAUAUAAGGGAUUGAAGUCCCCGGAAUUUCUAUUUUCCAAAUUAGAAGUUUCUGGGGAAAUAAAGAAUUUUGUUGGAGAAUAUGCAAAGCAUGAUGAAAUUAGUUUAAAUAAAUAAAUCAAACAAUUCGAAUCCUUGAUUCUAGAUAUUUAAAAUGGAUUUAAAAUGAUGUUAGAGGAAUUAUAACAAAAUAUUAAAUUAUUUUUGGAUUCAAAGUCUGUAAUUCGAUAGGAUUUAGAAUAAGUAUAUAUGAAUAAUGAAUAAUUAAUAGAUAAUUAAAUUCAAUGAGUUUAAGUCAAUUAUGACUAAACUAGAGCAAUUAGGCGAUUCCAUCAACCCUAAAGCUAUUGAAUAAGCAGAAACUGAUAUCCACUAAUACUUUUAGUAGAUUUCAUAAGAAUGCAAAAGUUAGUUAUUAUAAAGAAUACAAGAAAGUUCUGUAUUGAGUAAAUAGAAAUUAAAAAAUGAGGACACUGUUUUGUUCCCUGAAUUUUAAAAAUUGGAGGCUCAGCUUAAAUCCCUGAUACUUACACACAGUGAAUUUAUUAAAUAAUUAUAACCAAGACCUCCUAAUGGUUAUCUUUUAACUGAUUAUUUCUAUGAAAAAAUUACCUAUGAGAUAGAAACCAAGUAGAAAUAUAAAAUAAAAAAUGCUUAAUUGAUUUUUUAGGGCACAAGGGAUGGAUUGAAUGCUAAUUCAUUUUGGAAAAUGUGUAAUAAAAAAUCUAAUUUGUUGAUGGUAUUCAAGUCAUCCAGUUAAACAAUAUUUGGAGGGUACUCUCCAUGUUAAUGGGUAUGUGAAUAACUGAUUACUCACAGAUCUGAUCCAACAUAUUCAACAUUUCUAUUUUCAUAAGAUAGGAACGAGAUUUAUUAUUAAAAACUUGGAUUUGAAAAUAGCUCAAUUUGUUGUCAUGCAAAAAGUGGACCUAUUUUUGGGGCUGGUCACGAUCUAUACAUUAAUAAUGAUUUUGCGGAUGGAUUUUCUAAACUUGGACAUACAUUUUUAAUUCCAUCACAAAAAUAGCAGAAACUUUGGAAUAUGGGCAAUUAAGAAAAUUCCACUUAUUUAUUUGGAUAAUUAACCCCAAAUAUUGUAGAGUGCUAAAUAUUUGAAAUCAUAUUUGAAUGAGUGUUAUAAAUAAUCAAAAUACAC